AUGAGUCGCUCACCCGCGUCUUCAGGUCUCUUACCUAUGCCUGGCUCGCCGUCGUCCUCUUGGGCCCUUUACCGGGCUCGACUUGCCUCCAUCUUUCAGAACGCCGACACGUCGGUAUUGGCUGCGUUCUGGCUUUUUGGUUUAAUCAAUAAUGUCUUAUACGUAAUUAUCCUCUCUGCCGCCCAAGACCUUGUCGGAUCCGACGUGCCCAAAGGACUUGUCCUGCUCGCCGAUGUUCUCCCUUCGUUCCUCACUAAGUUGAUCGCGCCGUACUUCAUUCACAAGGUCCCAUAUUGGCUACGUAUAAUUGCCUUCGUCAUCACCUCGUCCCUCGGCAUGUUCAUGAUCGCCCUUACACCACCAGAUAGAUCUGUCGGGGUCAAGAUGGCUGGAGUAAUACUUGCAAGCUUGUCGAGCGGCGCAGGAGAGCUGAGCUUCCUUGGACUAACUCAUUUUUACGGACACAUGAGUCUGGCUGCUUGGGGGAGUGGUACAGGUGCAGCUGGUCUUAUUGGUGCUGGAUUAUACGUCAUGUUCACUGAUUGGAUUGGGUUCUCUGUUAAGGACAGUCUAUUGGCUUCGGCAUUCUUGCCCGUAAUUAUGUUUAUCAGCUUCUUCCUAAUAUUACCAAAGGAACCCCUCCGUCAAGGCAAGGGAGCGAGGGGCUACCAGGCAGUACCGCAUCGAGACGUAAGGCAAGAUGAUAUCGAGGAUGACCGGUUAACUACCAAUGCCACUUCUAGCCUCCUCGCCCCUGAGUCGGCCAUUGUAUCUGCUGAUAUUUCCACGGAUGGCAUAGAUGCUCUAUCUAAGCUAAAGUCUAAUGUUCGACGCGCUAGAUCUUUAUUCUAUCCCUACAUGCUGCCGCUGUUAUUGGUCUAUGUUGCAGAAUACACCAUAAAUCAAGGCGUCUCUCCGACCUUACUAUUCCCUUUAAAAUCAACGCCCUUUAAGGAGUACCGAGAUUUCUAUCCCAUGUACGGAUUCUUGUACCAGCUAGGCGUAUUCAUCUCGCGCUCAUCGAUCGCGUUCAUUCGUAUCCAACACCUAUAUCUCCCUUCUUUCCUCCAGAUCGGUAACUUGGUGCUGUUAACGCUACACGCGUUGCUGCCUUUUAUCCCUAGCGUCUACGUGAUUUUCAUCGUUAUAUUCUGGGAAGGUCUACUGGGCGGAGCGGUAUAUGUGAACACAUUUGCUGAAAUCAUGCAAAAUGUGCCAACUUCUGAGCGAGAGUUUAGUCUCGGAGCAACUAGUGUUAGCGAUAGCGCUGGUAUCUGCAUUGCUAGUUUUAUCAGCAUGGCUAUGGAAGGGUGGCUUUGCAGCUGGCAAGUUCAGCAUGGGAGAGACUGGUGUAAGAAGAUUCAUGUCGGCUAG